CCCCUAGGCAUGAACAAGCCGAGGGACAAGAACAAGGCAACUUUUUGCCUUGCUUCUCUCCUGCAGUCGGGAGGAAGCCUGUGAGGAAACCAGGUGGCUUUUUGGUUAGCGUUCCACCAGGACUGCCAUGUGGAAAUAGUCCAGUAGGUGACAUGUUGCCACAGUAAAACAUGGCAGGUCUCUCAGUUGCAGGUCUUCUGUGGCGAGGAUUAUGACACAAGUUCCUGCCCCGUAGAGCAGAGACAGCAGUAAAGAUGAACCCAGAUUCUCUGGAUUCGUCCAUCCAGAGUGCCCUCUCGGCCCUCUACCCACCUUUUGAGGCCACGGCGCCCAUCGUCCUCAGCCAGCUCUUCCGCACCAUCGAGGAGCGCUACCAUGGCGAUGCCCUGCAGUGCCUGCUCGAUUUCCUCAUCCCCUCCAAACACUUGCUGGAAAGUGUCCAGCAGGCGGCAUGUGCUGGCUACUCGGAUGUGGUUUUCCGCUGCGAGGGCUGGCCUCUCUGUCUCCACGACAAAACCGUCGUCCAGCUAGCACCAGUAAACCCUCUGCUACUGCGCCCUGGAGACUUUUACUUCCAAGUCGAACCCUUUGGCGAUCAAGCAGCCCGUAUUGUCCUCAAAAGUCUUCUGGAAGAAGGAUGUCGAGAAGUGGAGCAGACCCCGAUCCCUGAGACGUCCUACCCGUGCAUCUUCACCGAAGACUGGCUGCGGGAGAUCAAUGAAGGACGCCACGGGACUCCUCUGUCCCGCUGUUUACUUUGCACUGACCAAGGAGUAAUCAAGCUGCCGUGGGCAGAAGUAGCCGUCCCGGAGUUUUUGGACAAGCCAAAGGUUCAGACCACACAUCAGGAGGCUCCCGCUGAGCCAAAGCUGGUAUCAGUUCCUUGCACUUACAGCGCCUCCACUCUGCCGUUGGAGGCAAGGAUUAUUCCGUUAAAGGACAGGAUGUCAGCAUCUUUAAGACCUGUCGACCCUUCUUCGAAACUUUUCAGAUCACAACAUAAACAAAUCCCUAAAUCCUUUCCCAAACCCUUAGUGAAACCUGUAGGUUGGGUGUCGCCCAAUACCUGGGACAGCCGCAACUAUCCAGAGAGUGAAGGUGAUUAUGUUGACUUGGUGGAUGUUGCUAAAGAAAAGCAGUUCAUGGUAAACCAUGGCAACCAAUCACAUCUGCCAAAUUCAGUCUUGGUCAAACCUGUGAGACCACGUCCAUCAGAACUUCUGGGCAGUAGCCUUUUUGGUGGACACACCCUUCAGUAUGUAGAGGAGCCUUGCGCUCCAUGCAGCCAAAGAAAUCUGGGGACUAAUACCUUGGAGCAAGAGGCUAAGUGCAGGUAUAGAGACUCUUACCUGGCAGCGCUGAGUCAUCCUGUUGCUUUUGAGAAGGGGAGUGUUGACCUCCUUGCAGCGCUGGAGGAGGUUGGCCUCUGCGAAGAUUUGGACUUAAGAUCUGAGGCGGCGUUUGAAGACCAAAACAAUGUACUUGGACAGUUUUGUAACCACUGUAAAACACCCGUGUCAGGCCAAUGUAGACACUGUUGUGAGCCAACAAUGGAAAUCGUUGGCUCCCAUCACAAAAAUAUUCCCCCCAGCUCUGAACCAGAGGACACGCUAAAGGAAUCCCCAAUUAUUGUGGAAUCAAGACCUGGUUUGAAUUAUAGUCAUAACAUUCAAACCGAACGUAUCUCUCAGGACAAGCGGCACCCUGAAUCACGACUCGAUAACUGGGAUGGUCAGGACGUAAAGUCACACCAGAAGGUGGACGUUGUUAAACCACCAGGGAAACACAAAUCCAAACCUAGGUCUCUGUCCACUGUGUCCGACACGCCUCAAGGAAGUCCACUUUUCUACAAAGUCAACAACAGGAGCCACAGUGAUAUUUGUCCAGAAACAGUCAACAGCAUGAUGCGGUGCAACAAAGAGGAACUGCUGACUCCAAAGAUGAACUCCUCUAAAAAAGAUUUUCGAUCACAUGGAAUUGAGACUCCGCCCACUUCAGACGGACCACACGUGAGACUCCACAACCUCAAGACACAAGUCACGUCUUCUUCUCAGCUUCCGUCCGUCAGUUCUAACGCGACUCCUCAAAGUCUGGGCUCCAGUUUCCAAAGCGUCAGUGGUUUGCUUGAGCUGGGUGUCAUUUGUCUACCAGGCAGCCGGGACAAGACGGGUAGGGCAGUGGUGGAGCUUCACUGUGACAAGGAGCAGACCUCACCUCCUCUAUCAGCCCAGAAUAUCUGCGAGUUGCUGCUUUAUCUCCACUCCAUACCAAGGAAAGAUGUACGCGAGCUGGGACUGACUCUGGUCAUCGAUGCCAGGAAGAAGGCCCCCCCGCCUCAUCUCUACACGGCUCUGCUCAUGGCCCAGGAGCAGGCCCUGCAUGCGGUGCACUGCAUGGUGGUGCUGCUGGACAAAGACACGUCUCCACGUCCUGACAAGCAGCCUGGUCUCCAGAUGGACCUGGUGACCUCCAUGAAAGGUCUCUACAAGACCGUGGACGCUUCGCAGUUGACCCCUGACCUGGGAGGAACCUUCGCCUACAGCCACACGGCUUGGCUGCAGUUCCAUCAAAGACUGAUUUCCUUCAUGGCUGACCUGCGAGAGGCUGACGGUUUGUUGCAGAGCGCCAUCGCCAACGUCAACAACCUGAACGACGCCCAGGAAGUGCGGCGGUGCGUUCAGGAGCAGAGAGACCUGAUGAGAGAGGUGCUGAAGGACGCCGGACUGGUCGCGCUGCAGAGGGAGGGAGGGGCGGUGCUCGCCAGGAUGAGGAGGGAAGCGUUCCGGUUCCCGCAGUCCAGGGACUACAGGGAUGCUCUGGAGUCGGUCACACUUCUAUACAACCAAGUGGAGGAGAAGCUUCACAUGUUGGUGAUGAGAUCCAACGAGUCGCUCCAGCAGUUGGAGGUCCUUCUGGUCAUCAAGGAAAUGGAGGAGAAAAUGAAAGAGGCUGCUACGUGGUUCAGUGAAGAGGGUGAACACGGGCUCAAGGUCUUUGCCUUCAAAGAUAACGUCUACGCAGAGAACGUCACGAAGCAGUUUGACACCUUCCACAGUCUGGCAAAGGAAAAGCAACAGAUUGCGUUGACUCUGGUGACUGAAGCAGAACAAAUUGUGAGCACCGGUGUCUCCUGUCCUGCAACAGAUGUCUUACGGAUUCGCAUCAAUACUUUCAAGUGCCACGUGGAUGACUUCAUGUCCCGGCUGGGAGAACUGGACACACUUGUGCAAGUGUACCGCUUCUGCGACCAAGCAUCUGCCUUGGCCAAGGAAUGCGGUGAGCUUUUGGAGCAGGUAGAGCAGGGGUGUUACCCGGCUCAGGCCGGUCUCAGCACACUGCAGAUGUAUGGAGAGAGAUUAGGCCAUGAAUUCUCCACCCUGCGUUUCCAGGACUUCAAAUCUAAGGCCUGUUCUAUAAGACCGGGGGCUGCGGGGGCGACGAGUGCAUGGAAUGCAGCUUGGGUCCUUUGCCAGGAAGUCAGGCAGCGUCUUGAGAAGAUGCAGAAGAAGAAGAAGACGUGCAGAGAUAAGAAGCAGAACCAACAGACCACAGCUCGGGGGGAGGCUGAAGGAUCGAGGACAAAGACCCUGACCCGACAGCCAACCUCUCAGAAGGAUGUGGUUGAUAUCACUGAAAGUGAACAUGCCGCAUGGUUUAAGAACUAUUCGAAGGCAUUCUUGAAAGGGAAUGAAAAGAAAGAAACUCACGCAAUAAGACUUGUAGAAACUCAUAUCAGAAACUUCAAGUGUCAACUGGACACUAAAUGGAGGAGAAGAGGACACUGGAGUGAGAUCGACCUGAGGAGUACCGUCUCCGUCCAAGGGGACGCUGAUAUCCCAAUGGGCCGCAGCUUUGGUCGGUCUCUGAGUGAGGGGUCGUGUGUAAGCACUCCCAUGCAGUUUUUCACUGGCUUCGCACCCUCCAAUGUCAAACUCUGUCAGAGCGACGGGCCAGCGCUGAAACUCCAUCUGGAGGCCACGCCUCUCACCCAGACCACGUCAGAGAGUCCUGGUACAGGUGAGGAGCGUCCAGCCAAAGAGCAUGCAGCCUAUACCCAAAGCCCAGAAGACUUAAAGGGGACGUUACUCAUCUCGACUGAAAACAACAACAGCGAUGUUUUGAAACUGCGUAAGAUCAUGCAGGAGCUGCUGUCCACAGAGCGGGACUACGUGAAGGCUCUGGGCUACGUCCGGCAGCACUACUUCCCCGAGUUGGAGCGCGGCGACGUGCCGCAGGACCUCAGGGGCCAAAAGGGGAGCGUCUUCGGGAACCUGGAAAAGCUGCACGACUUCCACCGGCAUUGUUUCUUGGAGGAACUGGAGAAGAACGUGCAGGAACCCUUCAGGGUGGGACGCUGCUUCCUGCGACACAGGGAACAUUUCGCCUUGUAUGCCCUUUACAGCAAGAACAAACCCCAGUCCGAUCGUCUUCUCAUCAAUCACGGCAAGGCCUUCUUCAAGCAAAAGCAGCAGAAUCUCGGGGACAAAAUGGAUCUGUGGUCUUACUUGCUGAAACCCGUGCAACGGAUAAGCAAGUACAGCCUGCUGCUGCAAGACAUGAUGAGGGAGUGCAGUCCGGCUCAAAUCCGAGAGCUGGACGAACUCAAGGCCGCCUUGGAGGUGGUUCACUUCCAGCUUCGUCAUGGCAACAACCUGCUGGCCAUGGAUGCCAUCCACCAAUGUGAUGUGAAUCUGAAAGAACAAGGGCAGCUCAUACGCCAGGACCAGUUCUCCGUUACCUUUCGGAAGAAAAAAUGUUCCCGUCGUGUUUUCCUCUUUCAAGAACUCAUUCUAUUCAGCAAGACCAGGAAGACGGAUGUGGGGAACGACACAUACGUCUACAAGCAGUCAUUCAAGACAUCAGACGUCGGCAUGACCCAGAACACCGGGGUCACCGGCCUGUGUUUUGAGAUCUGGUUCCGGAAACGUAAAACCCAAGACACAUACACGCUGCAAGCAGCCAGUCGGGAGGCCAAGGAAGCUUGGACCAAGGACCUGGAGCGGAUCCUCUGGGAUCAAGCGCUACACAACCGAGAGGUGCGCAUGCAAGAGCGCGUGUUCUUGGGGAUUGGAAGUAAGCCCUUCAAAGACAUCCAGCCCAGCGAUGCAGCCAUCAGUGACAGAGCGGUCCACUGUGGUCUGAUAGGAAGAGAAAACAAAGUUCUGUCCUAUGCUGGACCAUAUGGACCACACAAUGGGCUUCCAGGUGCACGACCAAAGUCUGCCGGUUCAGGCAGUACUUCGUCCUCCUCUUCUUCCGGAAGAGGUUCACUGUCCCCUACGGCAUAUCUUUGUGUGCCAAAGCGGAGGGUGCUAUCGAAUAGCUUCGAGGGCUACAUAUCGCCACCUGGGGUUCUAGAGGAGGAUGACGUGGACCAUGAGAGUGGGAGUCACAACAUAAUGUUGGACAGCUCUGAGUCAUCGGGAGAAAGUGUCAGCGGCCUGAGCAGUUCUGCCCACAGCUUCCGCUCGGUUCUUGAAAGGGAAGCGGAGGAAGUGUCUCCAGUUUGUGCCACCGCCAUCGCCCAUCGGACGGAGCCUGGUGGACCCCCUGAGAAGAACCAACCAGUAGUUGCCGUUCAGGACGAGCCACAAAACAAGGCCAAGGACCUGCCCUGUGACAAGAACCCAAAUGUCGGAAAGUCCACUGAGGUCUGAACAACCACUUAAAGAGAAAAGCAGAAGGAAGUCCAUUUGAUAGCGGCAAAAACUGCAAACGAUCCCACUUUGUUGAUAAUGUACACUAUAUUGCCAAAAGUAUUUGGCCAUCCAUCCAAACGAUGAGAAUCGGGUGCCCUAAUCACUUGGGCCGGUGUAUAAAAUCAAGCACUUAGGCAUGGAGACUGUUUCUACAAACAUUUGUGAAAGAAUGGGCCACUCUCAGUGAUUUCCAGCGUGGAACUGUCACAGGAUGCCACCUGUGCAACAGAUCCAGUCGUGAAAUUUCCUUGGUCCUAAAUAUUUUAAAGUCAACUUUAUUAUAAGAAAAGUGAAGAGUUUGGGAACAACAGCAACUCAGCCACCAAGUGGUAGGCCACGUAAACUGCCAGAGAGGGGUCAGCAGAUGCUGAAGUGCAUAGUGCAAAGACUUUCUGUUGCUACAGAGCUCCAAACUUCAUGUGACCUUCCAAUUAGCCCACGUACAGUACGCAGAGAGCUUCAUAGAAUGGGUUUCCAUGGCCGAGCAGAUGAAUCUAAGCCAUGCAUCACCAAGUAAAAUGCAAAGCGUGGGAUGCAGUGGUGUAGAGCAGUGGAGACGCCUUCUCUGGAGUGAUGAGUCACGCUUUUCCAUCUGGCAAUCUGAUGGACCAGUCUGGGUUUGGAGGUUGCCAGGAGAACGCUUCAUUUCGGACUGCAUUGUGCCGAGUGUGAAAUUUGGUGGAGGAGGAAUUAUGGUGUGGGGUUGGUUUUUCAGGAGUUGGGCUUGGCCGCUUAGUUCCAGUGAAAGGAACUUCGAAUGCUCCAGGAUACCAAAAACAUUUUGGACAAUUCGAUGAGAUGGCACUUCAAGAUCAUAAGUGAGUAAAGGCAGGUGGCCACAUACUUUUGGCAAUAUAGUGCAGAUCUCUCUUGUAAUCUCACCUGUAACGCUCAUUUUUUUACAAGAUAUGGAUCUGACACACCCUUGUAUAGAUACAGUAAAAUUAACAAUAGUUAAGUUUACUCUUUAUUGCUUAUGCAAGAAUACAGAAGACAUUUGAAAAAUAAUACUAACCACUAGCUAAUUAACAGUAAGUGGUACUACUAUUACGAAUACAUAUUGUAUUGUUAUUGCUUUGUGUACAAAUGUAUAUCCAGCUCACCUAUGUCUUUACAACACUAAAAUGUUACUUAUAAGUAUUGAUUUCUAUUUGGCACAGCUGUUUGCAAUGAUGACCUUUACUUGACCUUGUAUUUUUAUUCGCACAUCGUAUUUUUUUUAAAUAAUAAAUCAACUUACAAAUGAA